ACACGCACUCAUCUUAAGCAGCAGCCCUCUGCCAGCGUCGACUGCAUGGCGCUCUUUCGUCUCUUCUCGCAGCUGCUUCGGUUUUCGUUAUACCAGUAGUUGCUGAGUCCGUACAGUUGAAAUCGAGCAACACAAGAAAGAGCUCUAGCUUAUAGCAAAUUAAUUUAAUAUCGUCUACUACUUAAAACACACAGUUUAAUUUUGAAAAUGGCCGACAAACCAAAACGCCCGCUCUCCGCUUACAUGCUGUGGCUGAACAGCGCUCGUGAGUCGAUCAAACGCGAGAAUCCCGGCAUCAAAGUUACCGAAGUUGCCAAGCGUGGUGGUGAAUUAUGGAGAGCAAUGAAGGAUAAGUCGGAGUGGGAGGCAAAAGCAGCCAAGGCCAAGGACGAUUACGAUCGUGCCGUCAAAGAUUUUGAGGCUAACGGCGGCAGCAGUGCUGCCAAUGGCGGUGCCAAGAAACGUGCAAAGCCCGCGAAAAAAACAAGCGAAAAAGAGCAAACGUGAUGAUUCCGAGGACGAUGAUGACGAUGAAAGCGAGUAGAUUGAUUGAUCUUCAGACCCCAGUCAAAUAAUAAUAAAAAAAAAAUUGCAAAAAAUAAAAAAAAGCAAACAUAUAUGUGAAGUGUGGUGGAUCGAGUCAUUGCAUUUUCUCAACAAAUUAUACCCACCACAAUCACACCACACCACAAGCUCCCCUACACAUACAUACGAAACACACACCAACA